CGGCGGCGGCGGCGGCGGCUGUAGGGGGAUCCCGCUCUCGCCGGGCCCGUUCCUGCCGCCGCUGCUGCUGCUGCUGCUGCUGGCGCUGCCCGGCGGCGCCGUCCCCGCGGCCGACACCGUGGUGCUGGGGCUGCGCCUGGAGGAGAGCACCAAACCGGCGGCGGCGGUGGCACCGGCGGGGGCGGCCGAGCGCGGGCCCAUCCGCCUCACGGAAGGCAGCGAGGCCUUGCUGCGCCUCUACGGGCUGGGGCUGGGCCCCGGCGCCGCCGAGCGCGUGGCCUUCGCCGAGCUGCGGCCGGGCGGCAACGCCUCGAGUGGCAACGCCACGUGCCAGGAGCGCUCGCAGGACCUGGUGGUGCGGCCGGGCCCCGCCGAGCCCCGCGACACCUCGGCCCUGCUCCGGGUGCGGGUGCAGCCGCUGCGCAAGGACGAGAGGGCCAAGACCUACGUGCUGUGCUCGCAGCGGCGGCCCGGGCAGCCCUGGCUGCCGCACCAAGGGCCCGACGGGCACGUGCUGGUGCUGGAGGAGAAGAAGUCGCUGCUGCCCUUGUGGCUGCAGGUGAUUCUGAUCGUGGGGCUGUUGGUGCUGUCGGGCAUGUUCAGCGGGCUCAACCUGGGCUUGAUGGCGCUGGACCCCAUGGAGCUGAGGAUCGUGCAGAACUGCGGCACCGAUAAGGAGAAGCGCUACGCCCGCAGGAUCGAGCCCAUCCGCAGGAAAGGGAAUUACCUGCUCUGCUCACUGCUGCUGGGCAACGUGCUGGUCAACACCACGCUGACCAUCCUGCUGGACGACCUGAUCGGCUCCGGCAUCGGCGCCGUGGUGGCCUCCACCAUCGGCAUCGUCAUCUUCGGCGAGAUCGUGCCGCAGGCGCUGUGCUCGCGCCACGGGCUGGCCGUGGGCGCCAACACCAUCGUGGUCACCAAGUUCUUCAUGCUGGUCACCUUCCCGCUGUCCUACCCCAUCAGCAAGCUGCUGGACUGCGUCCUGGGCCAGGAGAUCGGCACCGUGUACAACCGGGAGAAGCUGGUGGAGAUGCUGAAGGUGACGGAGCCCUACAACGACCUGGUGAGGGAGGAGCUCAACAUGAUCCAGGGAGCGCUGGAGCUGCGCACCAAGACGGUGGAGGACGUGAUGACCCCGCUGCAGAACUGCUUCAUGAUCAACAGCGACGCCAUCCUGGACUUCAACACCAUGUCGGAGAUCAUGGAGAGCGGCUACACGCGCAUCCCGGUCUACGAGGACGAGAGGUCCAACAUCAUGGACAUCCUCUACGUCAAGGACCUGGCCUUCGUGGACCCCGACGACUGCACGCCCCUCAAGACCAUCACCAAGUUCUACAACCACCCCGUGCACGUGGUGUUCCAUGACACCAAGCUGGACGCCAUGCUGGAGGAGUUCAAAAAGGGGAAGUCCCACCUGGCCAUCGUGCAGAAGGUGAACAACGAGGGUGAGGGUGACCCCUUCUACGAGGUGCUGGGGCUGGUGACGCUCGAGGACGUCAUCGAGGAGAUCAUCAAGUCGGAGAUCCUGGACGAGUCCGACACCUACAUUGACAACCGCAGCAGGAAGAGGGUGUGCAACCACAAGAACCGACGGGACUUCUCGGCCUUCAAGGACCCCGACAACGAGCUGAAGGUCAAGGUGUCACCUCAGCUCCUGCUGGCCGCCCACCGCUUCCUGUCCACCGAGGUGACCCUCUUCACCUCCAACUUCAUCUCGGAGAAGAUCCUGCUGCGGCUCCUCAAGUACUCGGACGUCAUCCAGGAGCUGAAGUUUGACGAGGAGAACAAGAAAUCCCCGCGGCACUUCCUGUACUGCAAGAACAAACCGGCCGACUACUUCAUCCUGAUCCUGCAGGGCAAGGUGGAGGUGGAGGCCGGCAAGGAGUGCAUGAAGUUCGAGGCAGGAGCCUUUUCCUACUACGGGGUGAUGGCCCUGAGUCCUCCUCCUGGAUCUGAGAUCCGUUCCCCGUCCCACAUGAGCGGCCUGAACCGCUCGGCCUCGCUGAGCUACCACGAGCGCUCGGACUCGGGCUCGUCGCCGGUCAGCGGCAGCAACAACCAGCUCAACGCGGGCGGCGCGCAGUACGUGGCCGACUUCAGCGUGCGCGCCCUCACCGACCUGCAGUUCGUCAAGAUCACGCGGCAGGAGUACCAGAACGGGCUGCUGGCCUCGCGCAUGGACAGUUGUCCCCAGUCCCCCGACAGCGCCGCCCCCAAGGCCGAGCCGGCCGUGGCGGAGAAGCCGGAGCCGCCGGCGCCGGCCGACGAGACCACGAGUCUGCUCAACGAGAGGAACUGCCUGAGCCGGCGCAGCAACCACAGCGGCCCGGAGAACUCCAUCUGACCCCGGCCGCGCCGGCCGCCUCGGCGCGCCCGGCACGCAGGGACCUUGCCCGGUAGGAGGAGCCGCUGGAGGAGGAGGAGGAGGAUGAGGAGGCGUGGUGGGGAUGGAGGAGCUGGGAUUUGCUGCUGCUGUUCCAGGCCGGCUCGGUUUGGGAUGGACGGAGCGGCGCGGGCACGGCGCCGACGGCUCAGGGAGCUUCGGGUGUGGGUGUGCACGUGCGGGGGAC